GGCUGGAGUAAAAACAAAGGGGAAAAGUUUUCGCCCUAUCGUUGAAAUCGAUAAAAAUAAUUACCAGAAUGAAAAGGCGGUCAGAAGACUGGGUUGUUGAAAGUAACUCGCCCUCCUGCUUGUGAGAGAUUUGUCACGUGGUUAUCCGCAGAGGUUACCCGAUCGAAGGGCAAAACCUCCUUCUGUUGUGUGCCGGACGGGAACUAUCAAUCUCUUAUAUCGACCCUUAUCUUGUGUUUAAAUUAUUCUCUAAUUCUUUUGUCCGACGAUCGACGGAAGAAUGUCGAUGCUGGCGGAGAAGAAGACGAAAACUAAGUGGAUCCUCGACCCGAGGGAAAACGAGUGGACCAAGGAUAGUAACAAGUUCGGUCAGAGGAUGUUGGAGAAGAUGGGUUGGACUCCGGGGAAAGGUCUUGGUGCAUCAGAGCAAGGCAUAACAACGGCCCUACGCGUCAAAUAUAAAAGCGACAACAAAGGUCUCGGUUGCAAGGAUACAAAAUUUGAAUCGUUGGCACAGCAGAAAAAGUUUGAAAAGCUUCUUUCUGAACUGAAUUCUGAAAGUAACAGUCCAGACCCAGAAAAUAAGCUUUCUCUAGAAGAAAAGUCCAAGAUGACAAAGAAACGCGUGUUCUAUCACAAAUCUAUCAAGGGAAAAGACAUAACCAGAUACAGUGAAAGAGACUUGCAGUGUAUUUUUGGUUUUGAUAAUAAAAAUAAAUCAAAUCAGAGCAGUCGCGAUCUGGCUGAUAACAACGAUGUUCAUUUCCAGGAAAAUACCAAUUUAAACUUACAUUAUAUGAAUAAAAAGAAAAGGAAAUUAGAUACUGAGAAUGAAAACAGUGAGGCAAUCGAUACAAAAAGGGAUUCUAGUGGAGAAGAGGCUGAACAAGUUGAAAGCCAGAAAGUCAACCAUGUUCAAAAUGGUGUCAAGAACAAAAAGAAUAAAAAUAAAUGUUCAAAAGUAUUAUUAAACAAUUACAACCAUGAUGAUACUAGUGGUGUACAAUUUUCAGAAGGAACAGAAGUAAAAUCAGAAGUGAAGAGUAAAGAAAAGAUUUUAAAAAAAUCAAAACAAUACCUGAGUGUUGAACAUGAAAAUAAUGAGACGGAUGGAGGUGUGACAGGAGAAGAAAUUGAGAAUAGAGAAGCAGAAAGCAAUGAUGAAAUAAAUAGUAUUAAGAAGAAAAAACAUAAAUUUGGGCAUAAAUAUGGAAUACAAGAACAGAAUGAAAUAUCACAAGAAGUAAAUAGUGAAAUUAGUCUAGAUUCAGUAAGAAAAAAGAAGAAAACAAAACGGAAAAAUUGUACAGACUUUAUCUAUUCACAAAAUGGUGAUUGUGAAGUUGAAAAUGAACAAAACAUUUUUAAAAAGAAAAAGAAGAAAAACAAAGAAUGUCUGUGAUAUAUAUAUAUAUUUUUUUUAAUAUUG